UAUAAAGCAGCUGCUGCAGGUUGAAGCUCCACAGAUCAGCUCCUGUUGGGACGAGGGGGCAAGUCACGGGUUGGCUUUAGAUUUGCUUAUUAUCACAAUGAGGCUGUUGUGGAUUUCUUGUCUGCUGGUUGGAAGCAUCACCUGUCUGCCUGUACAAGAUUCUGGAGCAGCAGGAGAAGAACUAAACCCCAGAGGUUAUUAUCCGGGACCCUGGGUCAGAGGACCAGCAAGUCCUGACCCGACCGUCCCCUCUGGACCCUCCAAGCCCGACCAGCAGGUCAAGUAUGUCUAUGGUGGCUAUCCAGGUGUCUAUGGUGGUUAUCCGGGUUCCUACAGCUACCAGAGCACUGACCAGACCUCUGACCAGACCCCUGAUGGGCCCUUCUUCACUGAUGUGUCCGAUCUGGAUCCAGUCUACAACUUCCACUCUCGGUCCCGCUACAGGAGAGGAAGAGCCCAUUUCUCUCAGACCCGCUACGUCCCCACAGACUCUCUGUACAGUCCAGUGUUCAGCUACCCAGGCUACCUGCCUCCGAAAGGCUACCUGCCUCCAAAGGGUGAUCAAGUUCCACAGCUCCUGUUGGGACGAAGUUGCAGCUCUGCUAGAAGCACGUUGGAGGCAGGUCACGGGUCGGCUUUAGAUCUACUCACAAUCACAAUGAGGCUGUUGUGGAUUUCCUGUCUGCUGGUUGGAAGCAUCACCUGUCUGCCUGUACAAGAUUCUGGACUAGCAGCAGGCAGAGAACCAAACCCCAGAGGUUAUUAUCCGGGACCCUGGGUCAGCGGACCAACAAGUCCUGACCCGACCGUCCCCACUACAACCACCAAACCCGACCAGCAGGUCAAGUAUGUCUAUGGCGGCUAUACAGGCUUCUACGGCGGCUAUCCGGGUGUCUACACCUACCAGAGCACUGACCAGAUCUCUGACCAGACCCCUGAUGGGCCCUUCUUCACUGAUGUGUCCGGUCUGGAUCCAGUCUACAACUUCCACUCUCGGUCCCGCUACAGGAGAGGAAGAGCCCAUUUCUCUCAGACCCGCUACGUCCCCACUGACUCUCUGUACAGUCCAGUGUUCAGCUACCCAGGCUACCUGCCUCCACAGGGCUACCUUCCUCCGAAGGGCUACCUGCCUCCGAAAGGCUACCUGCCUCCAAAGGGCGACCAAGUUCCAGUCAAAGCAUACUGAACAUGUUGGAGGUGGGUCUCUGAGCUCUCAGGAUUUGUUCUUUGGAUCUGCUACCAGCUGACUGUUUGUGUUGCAGGGCUCCAUGUUCCAGAAGUUCUACUGCUGCUUCUAACUGUAAAAGAUUUAAUAAAUUUUUCACAACCA